AUGACGGCGCCACACGUCACAAACGUCAGCAAGAAACACAUCCAUCUUAAAUGGUACGCAGAUGGUUUCAAUGAAUAUAUCUACAUCAACAACAACAACAAAAGCACCACCAACAACAACAGCAGAAUAGUGUUAUUUAUAAUAGAGAGGCGUUCAAACGACUCGUCGUCCAAAUGGUCAACAGUAGUCAAGACAACAAAGGACGCGUUCAUAGAUUCGCCAGCGACGUCAUCAUCGUCGUCGUCGUCAUCACUUUGCUAUCAAUAUCGCGUGUGGAAGGUUACCGGCGAGGGAUUUCAGUCAUCAUCUGCUUCAUCACCCUGCGUACAUUUGGUUGAUGAGCCAUUUCCUCCUGGACCUCCGGAAAAGCUCUCCGAAGAUGAUAUAUUGAUAUCGGAGGGCAAUCCCAUCUGGAGCGUCUCCUGGGCUCCUCCCAGGCAUUCAGAUCUUCCCAUCUACAAGUAUAAUGUGAUUUGGUUCAAAAAGUCAACGACCUUGAACUCUCUUAACGAACCAAUCGCAGCGAAAGAAGAUAGCGUGUCAGCAAAUCAGCAUCAGUUUCAUCUGCAGGACUUGGAGCAAGGCGAGUCGUACAUUGUUCAGGUGCAGGCCGUCAGUCAGUUCGGCACGAAACAACUGAAAGGGAGCAAGUCCACCAUCUCAAUUACUGUUUACCCACUGCCGAAUGAGUCUGAAACGCAAGGUUCUAAAAAAAUCGGCAACGACAGAAGAGUAACUCAGAAACAGAACCAGCGACAACAACAACAACCACUCAACAAACAGCAACCGCAACAACAGCAGCACGACAAACAGCAGCCGCAACAACAACACAACAAACAGCAACCUCAACAACAACACAACAAACAACAACCGCAACAACCACAACGGAACCAACAUCAUCAAAAACGUCGACAAGGAACGCAUAAAGCAAAAAUUCAGCAGCAGCAACAACAACAACAACAUCGGCAAUUACAGCAGCAUACAGUCCAUGGUUUGUUAUCUAAUUUAACCUUCAAACGAGCAGUCUUCAAAGGAACGGACUUGACUAUUGAAGCACACUGGAAUUAUACAGCGCUACAUCAUCAACCUCAUCAUCCUUCAAAAAAAAUUAAACACAAAUCUAAACAAACAAAUGAUUCCCCACCUCUAUCGCCAUCCUCUUCCUCCUCUUCACCGUCAUCCUCAUUCAACGAUGACGUCACGUUUUUAGUGACGUGGUCUCCGAAAGGGACAAGGGUAACAUUGAAAGGCCUGAAGUUGGGGUGCCUCUAUACUGUCCACUUCAGAAUCAUUAAUAACAACAACAACAACGACAAUGAUGAUGCCGCUUAUAAUGACGAAUAUACCCUAUCACCAUCAUCAUCGUACUCAUCGUUAUCUUCAUCUUCAUCACAAUCGUCAUCUUCAUCUUCAUCAUCAGAGUUGCACCACAACUUCACGACAUAUCCAUGUGGCCACCAAAAAAAUGCAGCCGACGCCAAAUGUGUCGACACAGACGCACUCCUACCGAGAAGAGUUCAGAACCUCCGUCAUUCAAUCACUAUAACCGCCUUCAACAUGACCUGUGACGUCACGUGGAACCCUCCCUCCCCCAACAUCAUACCCCUCAUAAACUACAGGGCUGCCUGGGUGCUGAUCGACCCUACGCAGCUACCGAUGAAGAUUAACGAGUCGGAUGACGAUGAUGACGUCAUAGGAAGCGAUGAUGAUUACGAUGAAUACGACGAUGAUGGCGAUGCUAGUCGUUUUAAGAGUAGAAAAAAAUCGAACAAAAAGAAGAAAAAUAAGAAUAGCAGUAAUAAACACAAUAUCAAAGUUGAUAGUGGUGAUGUUGACGACGACGACGACGAUGAACAUGAUGAAAAUGAUUACUUGUAUGAGUCACUGUUCAAAGAGAACAGUCGAAGCAACGGUGCUGACAAUGAUUUAUACUCGAACGGUUUUAAAACUCUCUCCAAGAAUGACCAGAGAUUGUUAAUAAUGACCUUGUUAGAAAGUUCUACCUACUUGCUGAAGGUGCAAGCUGUCUCGUUGGAAGGGGAGGGCCGUCCGUCCUACCUACUCAUCGCCACCCCGUCAUUCGCUUCCGGUUCUUUAAACAACAACAACAUAAACAACAACAACAACAACGUCAUCGGCAGCCGGAAGUACAACCAUAACAAACAAACCAAGCACGUCAGCAUCAUUCCAAAUUCCGCCAACAAACUGAAAUCAUCAUCAUCAUCGUCAUCAUCGUCAUUUUCUUCUUCACUGUCACUUUCCAAGUCGUCGUCAUCAUCAUCGUCGUUGUCGUCACCAACGAUAAAGUCAACAUUGUUGUAUUUCUAUUUUUCUUUCAUUGUUAUACCUCUUCUAUACUUCUAUGAACUGGAAAGAAAUGUUAAAUGAUGAUAAUUAAACAAUUUGUUUAAUCAAAUAGUCGUCUCAUUGAUUGAACUAUUCUCACUUAGUCAUAUAUGUAAAUAGGUAAUCACUUGCUAAUGAACAAGCACGAAGACACACAUUCACACGCACACUCACACACACACUCUCUCUCUCUCUCUCUCUCUCACACACACAACGCACGCACAUGUGUUUUCAUACUCGUCCGUUCAACAGUCCCGCUUCAAUGUGUUGUUGUCAUUAUAAUUGAAAUGAGAUUGACAGAAGAAUGUUGAUUAGUUUUUAGUAGAUUAAUGUUGUCAAAAAAUAAAAUUUGAUUACUUUGUACUUAAUUGCUUGUACUACAGUAAUUUAAUAGAUAUACUGUACUUAUAAAAAUGCGUAAUCAAUGAUUCUUCUAUAUUUCAACGGUCAUUCUGUAUCUUAAAUAAGGAUUAAUUCUGUACUAAAAAGAUAAUUUCUGCAGCUAGACGCUUGUAUUGUGCAUAAGCGAAAAAGAAUUAACAAACGAGUGUACUAUACUCGUGAAAAUACUUCCAAAAAUACCUCUCUGAAUAACUUCACAGAACAAUGUAUAAUUAUUGAAUUACAAUCUAUUAAUAAAGUAUUAUAGGGAUUUUUUAAAAUUAAUAAUAAUAAAUUAUAUUGUUGAAAUUAUUAUAAUAUUAUUGGAUAAUUUAAUACUAUAUACAUUCGUCAUGACUGCGAUGAUGAAUGUAAAACGGUAACAGUGGUGACGAUGGCGCAAUAAAUGUUGUAUUAGUUGUUGUCGUUUAUGGCCAAAUUGUUGUUGUUAUGAUAAUUAUUAUUGUAAUUAUUGUCGUUGUUGUUGUUUGCUGGUGAUGGAGAAGAAAAAGAUAUUGGAAAUGGUGAUGAAAAAUGUGACAAUCAUUUAUAUAUAUUUAUAUAUGUGUGUCUAGAUUUUGAAUUGAUGUCAUUCGUGUGUAAAUAUGUAAAGCGCUAUAUACAUUUUUUCAAUUGGAUAUUUUUAUUGUAACAUUCUAGUUAUUAUUAUUAUUAUUAAUAUUUUUAUUAUUUUUUUUUUUCGCCAACAAUCGUGGACAUGCAUAUUUGUACAGUAAAGAAAAAAAGAAUUAAAAA